AUGCCCACUCGGACUCAUAACGAGCACGCACUUCAAUCCAAUGGGCCUAACUACACUCGACUCUAUCAUGUCAUCCUUCGAAGGCGAACAUACCACUUUUGUGUGAUGAGUUAUCUUCUGAGUAAUCUUGUCCUAUGGUUUGUUAUGUUAGAUAGUUUAUCCGCGUUGUGGAACGGGAUUCGGAUAACUACUUGGAUCAUGGCCGGAGCUAAUUGGGCAAGUGCAACUAUCCCGCUGAUGAUGUUGAGGAGAUUGCAACUUACAGCAUCUAGCUUAUACGCCCCCAAUCGAUAUGCCAAAUUCUGGGCGGUAUUGAAAUCCACCGAAUUCAUCACCUCAACCCUUUUUUGCUCUAUUAGCGGCUCCUUACUUUGUCUGACGUACGUAACAGCGGCUUUGGCAUUGAACGAAAACCCUGAAUUGGGUCUCUUCAAAAGCAUACCAGGACGAGGAGUCACCCAAAUCAACGAGCGACCUAUCUUUCUACUGGCAGCAUGCUGGUACACUGCCUUUUGCUAUUCAUUCUCUGCAAUCUAUCAUGGUAACUGGCAUUACCGUCCAUUAGAUGUGUCCGAGCAUCUUACAAUUCCUCACAGGAUUUGGAAAUCACUUGACUCUCGGAUUGAAUUUGUACGGAGAUCAGUGGUUUAUUGUUCUGCCACGUUUCUGCCGGUUUAUCUCAUUUCGCGGAGAUACCUGAUCAGGGCGAUCGUCUUCUCGAAGUACACCCAAUUGACCAAGCACAUUAAGCCUCACAUGGUGAUGCUGAUCAAGUUCGACUCGAUCUUCACGUUAACGUCUACUAUAAGACUGGUGAUGGUUAAUGUAUUGCUUAUCACCAUGUGGGAAAUCGUGCAAGCGCUAUGGGACGUAUAUUCGACCCAACCACUUGAUCUUUCUCGCUUUGCCACGGAACCCAAUCAAUGCUUGUUAGGAGGAAUUCGGUCUUCCGACCCUCGCGUCCAGCAUUACGCCAUCCGAGAGCUCGCCCAUAUAUCAUGGAGUGAUCCUGCACGUCGAUCCACAAUCUUCAAGGAUAUCAGAACCACUCCCCGAUUAUUGAAUUUGAUAAUCGAAGAGUGUCUGAACAUCAUUAACACUACAAACCUAAUGAUCCAGUCUGGAGGACAAUCGAUUCAGAAAAACCCAGCCUCGACCGCCCAAUCCUCAAAGGGGCCUAAUAAACCUUCGCUCGGUACCCACUCAGCCUUGAAGACCGAUCUACCCCAGCUGUUCAACACAAGCUCCAAUUCUAACUCGAUGAAACAGGUUUUCUUGAGAAAGCUUCUUUCCAGUGAGAGUGGUCAAGAACACCCAGUGCCAAUCCCCACCCGAUCCCAGCUGUCUAACACAACGAUGAAAAAGCAGACGACUGAAUCCGAUUACCAAAUUCCAGAAAUCUUCCAACGAGACCAGAGUCGAAAAGUUGACACCAGAUCAACGUCUGCCAUCACCACUGGUGACAAUUCCGAGCCCUCUCCAUCUUCACAAUCCUCCUUGCAAAGCUCUACUCCUCAGAAGCGUGAAAAAAUUGUGCCAAGCAUUUGGAAGAUUAUGCUCCACAGUCCUCUCCUGAAGUCUUCAGACGCUGGCAUUCGAUUGGAAAACUGGCUCUUUUCUCCGUCGAUAACAGACGAGCUCGAGAAGUGUCUCUCCAGUCGCCAACUAUGUAUGUUUUCGGUCGAGGCGGUCACGAACUUCACCUGCGCGUCGUUGACGGAGGAUCAGUAUGGUGUACUACAAGACCAAAUCCCGCGCAUCAUGGAAAGUCUGGUCGACUGUUUUGACGCGCUUGAUCGGCUUCACACAAAAAUUUGUACCGAGUUUGGGGUGCAAACUUCUUCCGUGCAAGCCGGUUCGUCGGCUCCAACUGAGCUAGACCCAGUUCAGAUUCACUUCCAUUUGGCUCUAGAUGAGCACCUCCAUCCCUUAUUAACCCGUCUGAAGGCCGGGAUCUUUGGAAUCACCGAUCAAUUCAAACCGUUCUUGAAAGAAAUGUCGUUCAGUCCGAAGAUUAAUCAAUGGAUACAAUCCCAUCAGCGAUAA